CAGGGAAGAGAACUCCAGGGCAAACGCACAAACGGGGAGCCCAGAAGAGAAGCAAGAGGAGAGAAAAUCCUCAACACAAAACUACCCUAAAAUUCCCACACAGGGUCAGGGUCGGGGUCAGCCAGGGCGAAGUGGCCGCCAGCUCCCACCAGGGCCACAACCCCCACACAGGGGCAGGGAUUGCCAAAGGGCAAAGUGCAAGGGCUGGAGGUACAGUCCAGGCCUGGGAUCCGCAGGGCCUGUGGCCCCAAACCCCUCGCCCAGCCCCCAGCACUUCCUCCCCAGGAUCCAGGACAAUGGGCAGGGGAGGGCGGGGUCAUCCUGCAUCCAUCCAGCCCGGGCUCCGGGUGGAGGAAGCCAGGAUACCUGUCUUUAUGGGGAAGGGAGGGUGACCCUGGGGUCUGUCUCCCUGAAAAGGGGGAGACGGGAAAGGGGCAGGCAGGUCUCGGCCCCUGCCUGAGGCUAAUGCUAUGGCGUCCACUGCCCUGGGGAAGGUGCCAGACCGGAGCCCAGGAAUGUGGGUGAUCGGGUGCCCACACCCUGGGAGGAGAGGCUGAGCAGCCUACGCCCACGGAGACAGGGUGGAGAGUGUGGAGAGAGGGAUCCGGGAUGCUGGGGCCCCUCCUGGGACCCUGAAGGGCCUCAAACUGCUGUCAUGUUGGCUGGGUCUCACCUCACCGGCCUCGGGGGUGGGGGUGCAGAGUGAGAGGGCUGGUGUGUCCCAGGGCAGGAAGGGAGUAGCUGACAUUAGAGGCUUUCUCAGGAAGAACAGCCCUGACCCCAGACCCUGACCACACUGGGGGGGACAUGCAAUGGUGACGCCGAGGGGGCCAAUGGAGCAGGGAUCGGGAUGGCACGACUCGGGGUUAGCGGGGGACAGGGCCAGGGGACAGGCAGCACCCAUGAAGCGACUCAGUCCCGCCAGCCAGCCCAGUCCAGUCCUGCAGGUACAGGAAGAUGGAGAUAACCUCAUCCCUUUUGCCAAGUGUUCCAGGGUGGUCAGCCGAUCUUCACCCCCCAGCUUGCCUUCCCAGAGCCUCAGACUGACACGCCAGCAUUAUGGAGACGUCUUCUGGGACAACCUUAGUCAAAGGCCCAGCUCCACCUGGAUGGAAGAACGGUACAUCCCCUCCCUGCAGAGAGCCACUGGUUGUUCUCAGCCUGGCGUGUACCCCCCUGAGGGGCUCCCACCCCCUGAGAUGCUUUUCAGAAGAAAGAGAAGGAGGUCAUAUUUGGCAGGAAUGCAGGGACCUGGGGGCAUCCCAGCCCGAGUAAGGGCUGUCACUUACCACCUGGAGGAUCUAAGGAGGCGACAGAGAAUCAUCAAUGAACUAAAGAAGGCCCAGUGGAGCAGCUCUGGCACUGCGGCCGAGCCCCCGGUGCCUGGCGAAGCGAGCUGUGGAUUCCCCAGCACCAGCCAGCACCCUCGUCAGGACGAGGAGGGGGCAACCUACCCACAGGAAGACGACCACUUCCUCCCUCCUGGCAGGGCCCAGCUGCUUUGGUCUCCCUGGAGUCCCCUGGCCCAGGAAGAAUCUUUCCUCUCCAGGCAGCUGAGCUCUCUGACCCCCUACAGCACUGUCACAGCCUGUAGGAACCCCCCUUUCAAUACCUGGGGGAUGGAGCUGCCCGAGGAAUAAGGAAGAGCCCUUAUGAAGUCUCCGCAGACUAAAGAAAGCCCAUGGAUGGUAACGAAACCACCCAUGCCUAUCCAACAUGCUCGCGCUGCCUCGGGGACCCAAGCCGCCUCCUCGUCGCUGGAAUCGCCCCCGAAUGCAUCUCCCGUCCUCAGCCUCUCCCAACUUCCCCUCCCGCCUCUGCACUCGGCACUGACAGCCCCUGGGCCUCCCGUCUCAACUCGCAGGAGCUCCCCGAGGCCGGCGGGCCCGCUGGCUCUCUGCAGGGUUCUUUCCCCUGGUCUGUCAUUAAAAGGAAAACAAGUUGA